CCAAAGCGUGUGAAGAGUGCAAAAUGUCUCGCCAACCUUCGUCCAUUGGAUGAGGCCUUGGAUUCUUCCAAUCUGUGCUUUUGUGCUUUGAUGUGGGUGUCGAGAGUGAUUGGAUUGGAGCUUCUCUCCGCUGACCUAGUUUCCCCGUGGUGACGGAGAGAGACUUAAAUCAAUCUGUGGUGGCCCAUCGUCAAUAUCCUUGUCAUCAUGGGGGCGGGUAUGAGCAAAGACUCUUUGUCAGUUUUGGCCGACCACAUUCCCAAUUUGGGAUCCCAUCAUUGUGCUAUGAUUGGGUUGGAUUCGGCUGGCAAGACCACCGUGCUCUAUCGCUUGAAAUUCAAUCAGUACGUUAACACUGCUCCCACUAUUGGAUUCAAUUGUGAGAAGAUUCGCAUGAAUAACACGUCCUACACGAUUUGGGACGUAGGCGGCCAAGAUAAACUCCGGCCGUUGUGGAAAAGCUACACUCGUUGUACCGAUGGCAUCAUCUUUGUGGUGGACUCCUGUAAAGAGGAUAGGUUUGACGAAGCCAAAUUGGAACUCUUGCGUAUGUGUAAAAACCCUAAUGGGGCUGGCAGCAGCGGAGGCUCCAAGCAUCACAACACCAGCUCAAUACCGGUCCUAAUUUUGGCCAACAAACAAGACCUACCUAAGGCCGUCGAUGUCAAAAGUUUGGAAGGCGUUCUCGGCCUUCGCGACUUAAGUUCCCUGGGAGUUCAUUGGCACAUUCAACCCACGUGCGCCAUCACUGGCGAUGGCUUGGAAGAAGGCUUUCUCCGACUCCACGAAAUGAUUGCCAAAAAGAGGAAAUCCUCGUCCAAAGGUGGACUCAAAAGUGCCUCUUCCACCUCAAAGCUAUCAUCCAAAAAAAUUCAACGAUCCAACAGUCACUUGUGAUAAAAGCGUUAUUGAAUUGCUCGCUCGCCCUCAGGAUAAUGUGGGUCACGUCAAUGCACAGCAGAUUCCUUCAGUUUUGUAAGACUAAUUGGUUUCAUUCACCAAGAUGAAUUCCCGCCAAAAGUGGUCAGUGGUGGGGGAUGAUGAUCCCGAUAGAUAGAACGAAAAAAAGAAGAAAAACACAUUAGCAACAAAUUCACGCACACAAAGGUCAAUCCCCCAAUAGGCCGAGUGGGUCUCAAGUUCGAAAGCCAGAUGUGAAGUGCUGAGUGCUUUGUUUACUCGUAUAUGUGUCCAAUCGUUCGUCCGCGCUGCGCUUGUGGAACAAAGACCCAGUUUUUGGGAGGACGGGAGACUUGUCACGAAGCCGAGGGCCUCGUUGUUGCAACGUCAAUCGUCACUCGCUGUGAUAGCGUUAUCUCAUGUCCAAAUCAACUAAGUAUAACUUUAAAAAAGAUUGUUAUUGUACCGAGAAUGCCAUCUACUAUUAUUAAAAGUCAUUAGCACUAAAGAGAGAGGCAUCUUCCAUCUUCUUCCGACAUGCCUAUUCUUGACUGUGCUGACAAAUCAAUCCUCA